CUAAUAAUCCAAAAUGGCUACAUGCAUGGGUAUACAGUGAGAAGUCGUGGUUUUUCGGGGAAAUUCGCCAAGUCUGAAGGCACGUAAUACUUUCUACUGCCCAAAAAUUAAACAGUAAUCAUGACAGUUGGCACAAGUUUAGUUGUACCUAUAGUGUUGUGGGGACGUAUUGCCCCUACACAUUGUAUUUCAUGCAUAUAUUUGUCUCGAGACCAAAAAACACUGGUCACUGGCUGUUACGAUGGACAAAUUUGUUUGUGGCAAGUGGAUCCUGAAACACUCAAGAUGACUCCAAGAUGUUUAUUAGUUGGGCAUACAGCUCCAAUCUUGUGCCUUAGUCGAGCCAGUGUUAUCAUGGAGCAAAAUUAUAUUGUUAGCAGCAGUGAAAGUGGAGAAAUGUGUACUUGGGAUUUAAUUGAUGGAAAAUGUCGUGAGACAGUUAAGCUCAAUAAUAUUCACACUCAAAUGUUACCUUAUGUCUCUGCUGGAGGAGAAGAUGUUAGAUUAUUUUGUUCGGGUUACUAUCCAGAGGUGUUGGUGAUGGAUCCCUUCAGUUUAGAAGUUUUAUUUACACUAAGCUCUAGAGUCAAUCCUGACUGGAUCAGUGCUUUACAUGUCUUACGGCCGGCCAAACGGAAAGGUCGGUUCUACGUGCACACAAAUGAUGUGGUAUUGGCUUUAACUACCACUGGCACAGUUAAAGUUUGGACACUUCUUGGACAUGAAAAUCGUAAUAGUGAACCUCUGUAUGAGCAUGAAAGCAAGCAAAUCAGAUGUUUGAAUGCCCUAGCUAUGACAUGUUGUCCAUACAAUCAACGUACAGUACUGAUAGUAUGUUCUAAAUAUUGGCAGAUCUAUGAUGCUGGAGAUUUUUCAGUAUUAUGCUCAGUAACAGCACCUAGAGGAGAAAGGUGGAUGGCUGGUGACUUUUUAGCUGCUGAUCGGGUAAUUCUUUGGAGUGAUGAAGGACAUGGCUACUUAUACAAGUUACCAGCCAAGGUUAUUACACAUCUUGAAAGCAAGCUGAAGGGCAAGGCUCUCAGCAGCAGCGUGGCAGACAACAAGGAAUUCCAUUCAACACCUGCGGCCGAAUCUGAUCAGCCUUAUUUGUAUUGCACGUUGACGCAACCGGGCGAUAAACCUCUGUCAUGCCCGCCAGCAAUGCGACUAGUCACAGCCCAGCGUGGCAACAAAACUGUAAAGUAUCUUUUGCGCGGCGACAGCGAAGGUGUCGUAAUGCUAUGGACAGUCCCAGAGGUUCCAGGCGCUCAACUGCCUCAAAUGAACGAUGCGGCCACGCCAAUGUUACCCCCUACUUUGAAAAUCAGUAUUGCCGAUGCUUGGGAAGCAAUGAAGCCGUCUCCUGUUGGCAUUUUGGAUCAGCUGGAUGCUGGAGAUGGCCACGGUAUCAAGCUCACGGCUAGCAUUUAUUUACCCCAACAAAGUCGGCUAGUUGUAGGCAGAGAAGAUGGAAGCAUCAUCAUCGUCCCGGCUACGCAAACUGUAAUGUUGCAGCUGUUGCAUGGAAAUCAUCAGCAAUACGACGGUUGGCCUCCUCAUCAAACUCUUCACGGUCAUUCGGGUCGUGUCAAUUGCUUACUGUAUCCCCAAGGCGCAUCCCCAAGAUAUGAUAAAACUCACCUAGUGUCUGGAGGUGUUGACUUUGCAGUCUGCCUAUGGGAUCUCUACGCUGGAACAUUGAUUCAUCGUUUCUGCGUUCAUGCUGGGGAAAUUACUCAGCUUUUAGUUCCUCCGGAUAAUUGUAGUCCAAGAAUACAAAAAUGCGUGUGCAGUGUGGCCUCGGAUCACAGCGUGACGUUGUUGUCGUUAGCCGAGCGCAAGUGCGUGGUCUUGGCCUCACGCCACUUGUUCCCAGUUGUUACCAUUAAAUGGAGACCAUAUGACGAUUUUAUGAUUGUCGGAUGCUCUGACGGAGCAGUUUAUGUUUGGCAAAUGGAAACUGGCCAUUUGGAUCGCGUCCUGCAUGGUAUCAUAGCCGAGGAAGUAUUAUAUGCUUGCGAUGAGAACAUCAUAGCUACAUCUAGUUCGACUAGCAACGGUGGUGACUUAGGUCUUGCCAAUCCAGCUGUUCACUUUUUUAGAGGUUUGAGACAUAGAAACUUAUCGGCCAUUCGUCAUGCAACGCAACGAGGUCUGCAUCAAUUGCAGCAGCUCCACGGUGGCCAUGGAAAUGAGCACGGCAAUCAAAUCCGGGCCAAAGGAGCUCCACUUACCAUCCAAGGCUUCCGUAGUAAUCCUAAAGAUCCAGAGAGUCACAUACUCUUUUUCGACAUCGAAGGCUUAAUAGUACAAUUAUUGAGCGACGAGUAUGGUGCUAUGUCACCUGGAACAUUGGAAGCGCAAGGUUUGAUUAAUGCCACCGAAUAUCAGAAGGUUGCUGCACUUACGCAGUCAGCAAGCCCUGAUGCGCAUAAGAAAAUUGCAGACUUUUUCGGUCGCGUCAAGGAUAAAGCUGGCGACAUGGAGAGGAUAUUGAAGGAAAAGGAUCGUCAUGGUAUAAUUGCUAAGAUGAAGGAGGGCGCAGAAAAUGUGCAUACUAAAAUACAAGCCAAAGUGGAAAGUGUUGGCUUGAAGCCGUCGACUCUCGAUGGCAAAGGUGAUGGUUGGAACGCUGACGGCAGGAACUCAUUAAAGCGCAAUGGUGCUUUCAAUGAACCGAACUCGACAAUGGAAAUAGCUCAACUCUUGUUAAGCUUACUGCAUGCUUGGGGAAUGGAUCCAGAUCUGGAUCGGGUAUGCGAAGGAAAAUUAGGUUUGCUCAGACCGAUGGUGCCUGUCUCGUUUGGAGUUUUAUCCAAAGGAGGAUAUAUGUCGUUCCUGUUGCCAACAUGGCAGAGCCACUUGGAGCAAUGUUUAGGAGAACCAGUAACGCAGUUAGAACAGCGCUUACCAGUCGAAUUAGUCAGGCAAGAACGCCUUACGCGAGCUUUCACGUCGAGAGCUCAUUGGGAGUUAUCAACGACUCUGACCAGCAAUCACUUGUUAGCCGUGGUAGCUCUGUCUAAUACUUUGAUGUCGAUGAAUAACGCAACGUUUGUCCCUGAACAAGAGAGGAGUCGUAAAAUGCACAGACCGGGAAGUAGACCAGUCAAUUGGAACAAAGCAGAAGAAGAAAAUGAAGAAAUUUACACGGUGCAACAAGCCCAAAUCAAACAAGGGUGGUCCUUGCUAGCUACGUUGCACUGUGUAUUACUUCCUGAUAAAGUUGCUACUUUGGGUGGAUCAAAAACUUUCAAAAGACCGCAAGUCGAAAUGAUGGCUCGGCGUUGGCAACAUCAGUGCCUUGAGAUAAGAGAAGCAGCUCAAGCACUUUUACUGGCUGAAUUGGGAAGGAUGGGACCUAAAGGUAGAAAAACAUUGGUUGACAGUUGGGCUCCAUAUUUACCAAUGUACAGCACUCAAGAGCCUAUUGCGCCUCAAAAUCAAAAUCAAAGCCCACCGUCGGGUAGCCCUCCUCCAAAUAAUGACCCACAAGAAGUAGAUGAUGACGAAGAAGAAGAACUUGCGGAAGAAUUAAGCGUGUCGAGAAAGCCGUCAAGUGCCGCAGAGCUAAAACGCAAGCAAACUACUGCUGUAGUAUUAUUGGGAGUCAUCGGAGCGGAAUUUGGACAAGACGUGUCGGCUAAUAAUCAAAAGAGAGACAAUGACCAAAGACGGAAGAGUUCAGUUGUCGAAGGUUUUGGAAUCGGAAACAACAACCUCUCUAGACUUACCAGCAUGGCGCUUACCCAUUUACUAUAUGCGCCACAUUCACCAAAGUUACCACUGCACACUUCUCUUAGACGAGCUGCAAUAGAUCUCGUUGGCCGUGGGUUCACUGUGUGGGAACCUUAUCUAGAUGUAUCCAGGGUACUAUUAAGUCUGCUUGAAAUGUGCUGUGAUGCUGACAAACUUGUACCUAGUAUGACCUACGGUCUUCCAUUGACUCCAGCUGCAGAUAGUUGCAGAACCUCCCGUCAUGCCUUGACCCUAAUUGCCACUGCUCGUCCAGCUGCGUUCAUUACGACGAUGGCUAGAGAAGUCGCCAGGUUCAACACAAUGCAACAAAACGCACAAGCUCUCAACGUUAACCCUGCAUCGAGUGUACUAGCCAGAGCCAAGCCAGAAAUUUUGAGAAUUGUUGAGCAACUUAUUGACAAAAUGCAGAGUGAAAUGAAUGAUUUAUUAGUCGAAGUUAUGGACAUUAUUUUGCACUGUUUGGAUCCUGGUCAUCUAAAGACCAAGCCAUUAAACGAAGUUUUCCCAGCUGUUUGCAGAUUCAACCAAGUAAGCCAUUACCCCGCUACUCGCAGGAUAGCUGUUGGAAGCCGUACUGGUCAUAUUGCGCUCUAUGAGCUUCGUGGCACCGUAAAAUGCCAGACUAUCAUUGCUCAUCAAGCUCCGGUAACUGCUUUAGCUUUUUCACCAGAAGGGAAGUAUUUGGUUAGUUACUCUUGUUCGGAGAAUAAACUAUGCUUCUGGCAGCAAAUAAGCAGUGGAAUGUUUGGUCUUGGAAACUCACAAAUUCGCUGUAUCAAGUCUUAUAGCACUGCGCCAAUAAACGACGUCGCGCGAUUGAAUCCUAUGAAAUUAGCUCGUCUCAUAUGGAUAAAUAACCGAACAGUGACCCUUAUGUUAGCUGAUAGCUCUGAAACUCGCUUUAACGUUUGAAUUUUUGUGAAAAUAAUUUUUGUGACGUUUUAUCAAAUAGUUUUAACCGGCAAAUAAGAAUUAAUAUCGCACUUGCUAUACGUAGACUUUUUAUAUAUCUAUUAGAAAUUGUGAUCUUUAACCAAAUAUGUAUUGAAAUCUUCUUUAUUUCCUAUGUUACAUGUGAUCAGUCUUGAAUUUUUUUUGAAAAAGAUUUGGUAACGAUUGUUGAAAGUAGAUAUUGCUGUAGUAUCAGCUUUUAGUAAUAUACUUUUAAUUUAAUGAAAUCCUUGUUGAUUGAAUAUGGCAUCGAUUAUGAAUCAAUAUAUGGUUAACUUAUUUGGUAUCAAAAUGUUGUUAAUAGGUCAAUAUUAAGUAUGCUGUUUGUCUCGAAUUAUUGAGCUCAUUCAGUCAUCGCAAACGUUUGAAAAAAAAUGAAGCGUAUUUUCGUUGCUUUUGUGAAGUCAUUUAAUAGAAAUUGUACUUGUGUGCAUGGAAAAAGCACUGUGUGAGAACUGCGUCUAACGGCGAUGAGAACUGCCAAAAGCUGAGCAGUAGAAAAAGAAACUACAUUAUCUAAACACCACCCGGGUCUUAACUUGUAAAUAACAAUAAAAUGAGUCAACUGUAUAUUGUAAUAACUUAAAAGUAUUGAAAAGUCAGCCUUAAAAUCAACCAAAAGACAUACCAAGUGUUAUGAAAUUGUUGUUGGUAUUUUUAUUACGAGAACAGUUGAACAUCUAUGGGUUAUUAUCAUGAAAUGCUGCAUUCCUAUGAAAAUAGUUUUUUUAUAUAACUUCUCGCAUAUUAAAUACUUUUAUGUACUGUACGAUCUAUUUUCGAAUUGAUGACAUUUGUACGCUGUAGAACGUGAUUAACAAAAUUUUAGAUACAUAAAAUAUAUUUAUUUAAAUUGAGUUCUAUCUUGCACAGCGACCAUCGUCAGCUAUAGCUGGUUUAAAAACACGAAUAGCUGCAUGGCAAAUUUUCAUGGCAAAUUUGGUCAUAAAUGACUUAAUUUUAUUGUGAACCGGUCGCAAAUACAAGUGAAUGUCAGAAUAAAAGUGUCAACUGUAAUUUUUAUAAAAAACGUUUUUUCGACAUUCAAAAUUAAUGAAAAAUUGAUGAAUCGUUGAAUUAUUGAAUUUAGAGGUACUGAAAUAAACUUUGGUUAACUGUAGUAAACCUUCAACAUUUUCUAUACAAUUGUACAUUUUCCUCUAUCUUAUCAAAGUUAAGAAAUGAGAAUUGGUAUUAACGAUAUUGCUACUAAUCAGCUAGUUUAAAAAUACAAGUAGCAUUCGUAAAUAUAAAAUGAUUUAUUUUUACCAUUUGAGUUUUCACGCCAUUAAAAUGUGAACGCGGUGACAAUAAAAUGGCUAGUUUAAUUUUACCACUUGUUACCUUCUAAGCUAUAAAGCAUCAAAACGUUAUUUGUGGAGUGAAAUUAAUCUGAUAAUAGUAUUACGCUUGCAUCUAAAUAAAUACAUACUCUUAUCGCAUUACACGAAAUGUAAUGCUUUCCGGAUCUUUGACUUGCUGGCGAGCAAAGAGUGCUUUUUUGAUUAAUACAUUUUUAAUUUGCGUUUCGUUCAAACCUUGUUUUUAUGUAAUCCACUUUGCAUAAUGAUUGCGCCAUGUUAUUUCUUGACAAACCAUAGCUUGUUUUUUAUGUAUAAAUUAUUAACUACGUUAUUAUGCCUGUAGUAAUGCAUUGAGUAAUAAUAGAUGAAUAAUAGUAAAAAAUAAACAAAUUUUUGCAAUUUUAACGGAAACUUGAGCAUUCAUCUAUGUCAGCGUUGGAAAAUGUGUUUGCGUGAAUUAAGUAUUUUACCGUGAUUUGUUGUUACUAUUUGCAUGGUUUAAUAGCCAUCGAGUCUUUGAUUCCGGAUUAAAAUCACGCUUCAUUGCUACUGGUGUAUCAGUUUUUUUGCAUCAAAUUCAAAUGUUAUACGAUGUUUCGCGACGUCGAAAUAAUUAACUUUAUUUAAAACUAGAUGAAUUUUUAGUCGAAAUGUGUUUGUAGAAUGUCGCGAUACUCGUGAACGGUUGCCUUUGAAAGCAAUCAAGAAACUGGGUUAUCAAUGAAUGUAUUAUAAAUAGUCGGAAUGGCGCAUUACCAAUGCAGGUGUAAGGGUACGACAAAAAGAACAAGAAAAGCCUGUGAGCGUCAUGUAUUUGUUGUUAGCAUUAGCGUGUAUUUAUCAAAUGUAUUUAAGCUCAUUUAUUGAUAAAUAUAUAUCACUGCUAAACUAUUAUGUAAUAAUAAACAUGUAUAUA